AUGACAACUAAACAUGACCUUCGUGAUGACACAUCGAAAGACGGACAUGACAUCAUCUCAUCACUUAUCGAGGCCCAGAAAUGCAGAAUUCCGCAACAAAAGAUGAAAUGGAUUGUAGAGGGCCUUGAAUGUCUCGGCAGACGGCAAUCCAGGAAGAGGAAGCUCGACUCGAAUGAAAGCCACAAAUCUGAAAGACCGUAUUGGUUUCGUCAACAUGUUGAUGGUUUUACUGACAGUAACUUUGUGGCCUUGUCAUACACUUGGGAUGCUUCUGAGCACGAAACACAAAAUCCCAAGGCCGAGGGUCAUCUGAUCGAGACAAGAGACGGAGAAGAUGCUUGGCGUUCGUCUGUCCGCAACUCAGUCCUAGAUAGGAUCACAAAAUACAUGCAAUGUCAUCAUGUGCCCCUGCUAUGGAUUGAUCGACACAGCAUCCCCCAGAAGAAAUGCAAAAAACCCACCUGUACCGCCCAUGGAGAAUGCAAGCAGAAAAGACACGCUCUAGAUGCAAUGGACUGGGUGUAUUCACUUAGUGAUUACCCUGUUGCUUUGCUUGGACGUCCAAUACAAAGUGAGGACGAGAUAGCGACUCUAUCUGCUAUUCUGAGGGGUUUACUUGUCAAAUUCAGCGACGGAAGAUUUGCUCUAGCCAAGAACGCAGAGUAUAGCCAAGCGCUGAAAAUGCUCAAUUUACUAUAUGAGAUCACCAGUGAUAAGUGGUGGACAAGAGCGUGGACCUUUCAAGAAAAUUACAAAGCCGGGCUGAAGAUGACCCUUCUGAUUCACCACGCUUCAGACCUUGAACGUGCAAAGAGAUCCAUGCUCAUUGGAAAAAAGGCGAUGUUUGGUGUAGUUCCCGGUGAGCUGAGCGUUCAGUCUGUCAAAUUCUCUGAGAGUGCCACCAAAUUCUGUUUGGCGUUCCGUCGGCAUCAUUUUGCAACAAGCGAGGAUGAAGAGAAGAUAACUCAUAUUCUUAAAACUGCUGGAAGAUACAAGAUCCUACUAUCACCAUCCACUUCUAUGUCAGGGACAAUAAUCUCCGACGUGCAGUGGAGAGGUGUAACUGAACCUUGGGACCGUCUAGCCAUUAUCGCCAACUGUUGCCAGUAUGCUACUCGGUUGGAUGCUGGAAGACUUCAACUGAAGGGAGACACUGAGCUGAGUCUUGAUAUAUCGGUAUUGGCACUGCGCUUACUAAAUGGAGAGAUACUCAACAAUGAAGAGGUUUACAUACCUCAUGGGACUGUUCUUGAACAAGUGAACGAUCUCUUUUUUGACGACUUCAAAGCACCCGGUGGCGAAAAGAGAUUAACAUACAACAAGGGCUGUCGCUUUGUAAAUGUCGAAUUCACAAGAAAGGGCAUUGAGACGAAAGGCCAUCUAUGGAAACUUGGGGAAACCCUUCGAGCACCUAGAUCAUCACCGCGGUUGUCACAACCAAACCAACAGGGCGAGCAGCAGCUUUCAGAAUAUCAACGUACACGUCUACGACAGCUCGGUGAGCUGAUCAAGGCAAAACACGGUAAAGACGCUAGUAUAGUGGAAGACAUGGACGAUCUUCUCGCAGAAGAUGCUUUUGUUGAGGAUGAGGAAGGAUCUUUCAGUUUGCGGUAUCGUCGGUCGAUGGCGAAAGAAGUAGUGAGAGCUAUGGAUGCGGAUCACAACUUGUCACUUGGGUAUCUGUGCGACAUGUCAGGUGAACCAACGGUGGCUCGAGGGAUAUUUGUUCAUGGCCGAGAUGCGGUCGAUUCAGGUGGCUUUUUGAGUCAGGCAGAUGAGGAGCCUUCAUAUGUCUUCACAUCACUAUGGUCCGACAGCCAAGUUGACGAAGAGUACCUUGCAAACGAACUGGAUCAUCACGUCUCCCUCGGAGUUCGUUUUUCUGACGAUAGUGAUCGGCAGCCUCUACAACUGUAUACGCAAGAAUGGGUUCUGGGACUAUGUUUCUUUACAGGUGUUUCUACUUAUGAUGUGGUGUUUCCUUGGCCACAGGUGUUGGUGCAAGGAGGGUCUUGA